ACUUUGAGGGAAACCGUCCGUCGACUUCUCAUUCGUAGCAUUCAAAAGCUGAAUGGAUCACCGAACGCGAACAUCAGUCUUAGCGUGAAAAGUAUUAAUGUGAAAACGUUUUAAGUGUUUCAAUAUAUUAAUUACGUGUAUUCAGUAAUCAUGUCACAAAUGAAUAAUAGUAAACUUAAUCAAAAUAAUAAACGUAGACGUGUUACUGUGGAUACCGUACAAACAAGUACGCCAAUAACACCGUCCGUAAGGCACAAUGUCACCAUAAGCUUAUCUGAAAUCGAUACAGCUUCUUCCUCAAGUGGAGGUAGAACUUCCCAGUUACAAGAUCUGGUAAAGAAGCACAUAAAACACCAGCACACGAAGGAAAAAGAGAGACCAGAGAAACGAAAAAUAAGAGACUCUGAUCUAUCUAGUGAUUGGGAAAAGGAAAAAGAAUUAAUUAAAAAGCAAAAGAAAAAUUUAAAGAGUCAGAAAAAAGCCACAAAAAGGGAGAAAUUAGUGACAAAAGACACGGAUAGCGAGUGGGAAACUGAAUUGGAAAAGUCAGUUAACAAAUUCUCAAUAAAUUCGCGAGGAUCUACCCGGAAGAGCGAUGAUUGUAUAGUACUGUUUAAGGAUCCGUGUACACCGGAGAAAAUUCGAGAUGUGCCGUACACGUAUAAAGAAAUUCUGCUUGAAUCACCAAUUAUACAGUCCUCUAGAAGAACGCUGUAUCUUUUAAAAAAAGAUAAUAUACUACAAAAUGAAUUGCUUCCGAUUAAUUUAUUACCGGCGGAAGUACGAAAUCCAGAAGAAACAAGUGAAGAUGAAACAAUAUUCGACAAUAAAGGCAAUGCAGAAAUACAUGUUUCAUUACGCGAAUCGGAAAAAAGUCCGAAACAAAAAUCUGAAAAAUUUGCCACAUUCAAAUCUCAUUCAAAAUUCCCGAGAAUAACGAACAGCUUGCGUCAGAAUCAGCCUGUCAAAACAUAUCUCGGAAAAGUUUCUCGGCAUUCGGAAUUAUCUGUUACGCAGUCAUCAUUGUCACCAAUUAAUUACACGGAUUUUAUGCGAAGACUUCCUGAUAUUCCUAAGGAGAUAGAAAGUCCAAUUCCUCCAGGGAUGAUACGGUGUUAUGGAUAUUACAAUAAAGCUUUGAGAAAAUGUAUACUGACGAGGAAGUUUUUCUCAGGAAAAUGAAAAACAUAAAACUAAAACUAACGAAAGAAAUACGAGAAAACAGAAAAGAAAAGUGAAAGCAUCCCGAUCCACAUGUACAAAAUAAUGUACAUGACGAAAUAAUUGAAAUUGUUGAAGAUACAGACUGAAUUAAUUAAAAUUAAUUGAGAUGGUAAAUAAAUGUCUUUUCGUCAAUUUUGUCACAAACAAAGGGUUAAAAGUUGAAAUUAUUUAAGAAUUUUCCUUUCAAAAAGUGUCGUUUAGAAAGGCUAACCGAUAUAUUAAUUAAAUUAUAUUCAACUUUAUAUUUAAUAUAGA